AUGCAAACACGCUACGCCGAGAAUCCGUUUGCUUCUACCCAUUCGCUGGAUACAAAUCCAUUCGACGACCCAACUCCCCCGCAGUCGCAGAGUUCUGACACCCGUUUGGAGGAGCUCCGACAACGCGAGCUUGACCUAGAACGACGCGAACAGGAACUUAAUAGAAAGGCCGAGCAUAUAAGGCAGCAUGGCAAGAACAACUGGCCGCCUUUUUUCCCCUUAAUUUUCCAUUCCAUCCCAGAAGAAAUACCAGAGGCAUCGCAGUCGCUCAUAACUCGUUUAUAUCAACUAUGGCUAGUGCUUCUUGGCACACUUAUUCUCAAUAUGAUAGCCUGUAUUUUCAUUCUUAUUGCUGGGUCUUCUGAUGGUGGGCGCGACGUCGGCGCUAGUAUAGGCUACUUGUUCGUAAUCUCCGUCACCUCCUUUCUUCUCUGGUAUCGUCCGAUUUACAACGGUUACAUGAAGGAACAAGCCUUGUAUUAUUACCUUUACUUCUUCUUUGGCGGGUUUCAUCUCCUGUUCAGCAUUUACAUGAUCAUUGGAGUGCCUAGCACUGGUUCUGCAGGCCUUAUCCAGACGAUUCAAAUGUUCGUGAACCACCACUGGGUCGCUGCAAUCUUGGGCUUGGUGGCCACGAUCGGAUGGAUCGUUCAAGGAGCUGGUAACGCUUUCUACUACCGCCAGAUUUAUGCACACCAUACUGCUGCAGGGCAUACAAUGGAGAAGGCUAAAACGGAGCUGGCCUCCCACGGCGCGAAAGCAUACUUCACACGGGGUUGAACUGUGCCACUUAGUUACAAUCUCGAGGAUCUGUUCCUUAGCUUCUUACCUUAAAUUUUAUUGUGGAGCUUGUCAUCCUUGAGUGAAAAUUCUAUUGGACUUUCUGUUAUUGUACUUUGAACAAAGGCUCGCCCAAGAAGGCAAAUGAUCAGUGCGCUGUGGCU